GAAAACAGAAAACGAUGAAAUUCUUAUUGGGUUAGGCUAAGCCUAAAUUCAGAUUGAGGUCAGGCCCAAAGUCAGCCCAUAUUCAGAAAACUCUAUGCCGCUGCAAACUCCAAUAUGUCGUCUCUCUCUCGCCGUCUACAAACCACAAAGCCCUUUGUUUCCUGCCUCCUAAUAACACAAACCUCACUUUCUUAAACCCUAAACACCGAGUCAGACUGCGUUACACCGUCUCUAUUGACUCAACACGAAGACACAAUGGCGGACGUAGUUCAAUACCGUCUGGAGCGCAUGGUAGACGAGCUCGACGACCUCGAACGGCGCGGUCUCUUCACUCGCCGCGAGAUCGCCGAGAUAGUAAAGCAACGCCGCAAGUUCGAAUAUCGACUCAAGCGACCUUCUCCUCUCAAGCAAGAUUUCAUUGCCUACAUCGACUACGAGACUCAGCUUGACUCGCUUCGCCAACUCCGUAAGAAAGCUGCCACUCGUGAACUCGUGCGCCAAGGCAAGAAUACUAAGACGAGAAAAUCGGUCUCCGAUUUUGCCUCCGUCUCCAGAAUCAUGGAGAUAUAUAGACUCGCCGUGAUGAGAUACAAAGGAGAUAUUGAGCUUUGGUUUCGGUACCUUGAGUUCUGUAGGCAGAGAAAAAAUGGGAGAAUGAAAAAGGUUUUGGCUCAAGUGAUUAGGUUUCAUCCUAAGGUGCCAGGAGUUUGGAUAUAUGCGGCAGCUUGGGAAUUUGAUCAUAAUUUAAAUGUGGCGGCUGCUCGAGCUUUAAUGCAGAGUGCUUUGAGAAUGUGUCCUAAUUCAGAAGACCUUUGGGUAGAGUACCUUAGAAUGGAACUAACUUACCUUAACAAGUUAAAAGCUCGAAAGGUUGCUCUUGGGGAGGAUAAAGGAACUUUGGCUCGUGAUCAGAAGGAUGCCGGUGAGAAGCAAUGGAAAGAGGAAAACAAAGAUUUGUUUAUGUCCCUUGAUGAUGAAGAAAGAGGAAAUGAUGAUCAUGGGUCAGAUGAAGAGUCUGAGAAGAAAUUGAAUUUGUUUUUGGAGCAUGCUUCAGGUAUACUUAAAACUAUAUAUAAUGGAGCAAUUCAAGCACUUCCUUCUAGUUUUAGCCUCAGGAAACAAUUUCUUGAGAUACUGGAAGCCAUAGAGGUGGCAGAUUCAGAGGAGCUUCUUGAGGAGAUACUGGGUGGUAUGAAGAGAGACUUUUCAGCUGAUCCGGAAUAUUGGGAUUGGCUAGCAAGACUUGAAAUGUCUGAUGCCUCACCUACAGGGAAGAAGAAUGAAGAUGCCAUGCUUUCUCAGUUGCAGAAGGCAGUUCAGUUGUAUGAAGAGGCAACAAAAAUUGUGCCUUCGGCCAAGAUGUUUGAUUUGUAUUUAAAGUUUUUGAUGGAUGUCAUUGCUUCUGAAAGAGGAGAAGUGGAAGCCUCUGGCCUAUCCGAUCAUGCCUCGAGUUACAUUUCACAUAUCUUGAAGGUUUAUGAGACGGCUGAAACAGUGGGGUGUCUUACGGAAGAACUUGCUUGCCAAUAUAUUUCAUUUUAUGAACAACUUGGGAGAUUGGAGGAAGCCAAGAAGGUAGCGCAGAAGCUUUGCAGUGGAAAACUUUCAGAUUCUGUAGAGUUAUGGCUUUUAAGGGUUUCAGUAGAAAUUAGAUGUAUCACAAAGAAUUCUCUUUCUCCUAGCAAGGCUGAUGCAUUAUCCAUCUUUGAACUUCUCAAAACCGUUUUAACAAAAAUGUCAAUAUCAGAAGCUGAAAACUUGUGGCUAAUGGCUCUCAAAUUCUUUGUAGACCAGAAGAAGUAUUUUGAGAAGCUGAUUGAGCUUUCUCUCAAUUCUAUAGCUAGAUAUGGUGGCAGUGAGAAUGGAUUUUCUCUGUCUUCAGCUGUAGUUAAUUUCAUUCUUCAAAAGGAUGGACUUCAACAUGCUAGAGAGAUGUAUAAGCGAUUCCUCACUCUACCUCAUCCAGGUCUUGCUCUAUAUAGAAAUUGCAUUGAAUUAGAGUCAAACCUCGCGUCUCUUGGUGAUGAAGCUUCUCUUUCAAACGCCCGAAAGUUGUAUGAAGCUGCACUUGCAGCUUAUGACCAGGACGCUAGCUUAUGGAAAGAUUACUAUUCCCUGGAGACUAAGUUGGGAACAUCAGAAACUGCCGCUGCUGUCUAUUGGCGUGCUCGGAAGACACUUAAGGAUUCUGCUGUAGAUUUUACCUCCCCAGAUCAGUUAUAGUUUCUGUAUAUGUUAGACAUUUGCAGUUUUGAUGUUUUUUCCAUUAUCUUUAUUUUAAACCUUUUCAUGGUUUGAAGAGAAAACUGA